AUGUCAGGUGGAGUAGCACCCAUAACACUAACAAACGAGGAGAAACCAUCCCUCCGUCGCCGGCAAGGCUUCCUCUCCUUCAACCAACUCAACGCCCUCGCCCUUAUCGUCGUCUUCUCCGCCUCCGGCAUGGUCGGCGUCCAAGACUUCGCCUUCGUACUCAUCUCCUUCUUCUACAUGUUCUUCAUCGCCAAGGUCGCUUUUCCGACCCUCUCUUCCAACCCCGAACCACCUGUUUUCGCCGAGCACAAACGCCUCCUCACCAUCUACGUCUCCAUCGGAGCCUUGAUCGGACUGUUUCUCCCGGUGGUCUACAUACUUCACGGCGUUUUAGAAGGAGAUAAAGAAGGUAUCAAAGCAGCCGCACCCCAUGUUUUCCUUCUAGCUAGUCAAGUGUUCAUGGAAGGCGUGACGUUUUCCGGUGGGUUUUCUCUCCCGAUCAGGGUUUUUGUGCCGGUGGUUUAUAAUUCGAUGAGGAUGUAUUCGAUAUUGGAUUGGGUAAAGACCGAGAUGAUGAAAGAAAACACAGUGGAUCAUGGAAGCAGCAGAAGGUUGUAUGCGGGAAGAUUGCUUGCCAUGGCUAAUAUGGUGUUUUGGGGGUUUAAUCUUUUUGGGUUUUUGUUGCCUUUUUAUCUGCCAAGAGCUUUCAAGAAAUACUAUGGGUAUAGCCAUGAUAACAAAGAUUCAUAG